GCAGUCGACGUAAGCCUUGCAACGCAAGCAGGCAAGUUCAUCAUCGUCCUCCUCAUCCGAAGCAGUUCCGUGGUAGGAGUACGCGACAAAGGUAACACCGUGACAGGGUCGGAGGCCAGAUCACGGCGAUUACCACACGGGAUUACUCCUCCUCCAUGAUCUAAUCUAGCGACGCACGCAGCGGCGGCGGUGUCGCCCACGGCACAUCCAUUGCCUUGCUCAGUCCACUCCACCGUCCACCUUUGUAGUCGUCUUACUCCUCCCGAUCCGUCAGCCACCGAUUGGUCAGAAGGCGACGGCGGCGAUGGCGUCCCAGGACGACGGGUGGGGUGGCGGCGAAGAUGGCGGCUCGCUCUUUGAGGGCAUGGUCCUCUUCGCGCCAGAACCCACCGCCGCCGAGGACUCGGUCCCCGCCCCCGCCCCCGCCCCUGUCCCUGAGCUGCCACCCGCCGCUCUCCCCGACGCCGACGCGGCUUCCUCCGCGCCGCCGCCGCUCGACGAGGACCUCUUCUCCGAUCUCACCCUCCUCGCCCCGCAGGAGCCGCUCUCGCUGGAGCAGCAGCCGCCCCCGCCCCUACCCCCGCAAGGCGAGGAUCGGAGCCACACGGCGGUUGUCCCCGCGGCGCCAGCCGCUGCUACGGCGCUUUCCCGGCAGCCGUCCUCCUCGUCGCUCCGCAAGAAGAAGCGGGCCGUGCGCAUCGGGUACGGCCGCUCGCCGCAGCCAGCGCCGCCUUCCCCUCCUGCCACGGUUCGCGCCUCCGCAGCUGCUGCUGCGAUCUCCGCUAGCAGUAUUGCCUUCCUGGACGCUUCGCCGCAUCCGGCCGCUACUCGUUCCCUCGAUCAGGUCCCUGAUCGGCAAGUCGAUGGCUAUGCCAACGGCUACGAGGCGCACGCGGAGGCGGUGGAUGUGGAUACCAAUUCACCGCGUGUAGAGGAGGCGGCAAAGGAUGAGGACGAUGAUGGUGAAGAGGAUGGAGAUACUGGAGUUGCAGCCUUGGGGAUCGUGGAGAGGCUGGCUCUCCUCAGAUCCCAAAUCUCCGGCAAGCUCGACACCAUCCAGCAGAGGGCUGCUGCCGUGGCUGCCAAGAGGAGGCUUCUGGCUGGCCGGCGGAGGAAGGUGGCGGAGGAGGCGGCCUCGGUGGCAUCCAGUCACAAGGAUAUGGAGAGGGAGCUGGAGGAGGCCUGUGAGGCUGAGGACUUUGAGAAGGCAGAGAGGAUCAGUGACUCCCUCGCUGCGCUCGAGAAGGAGAAGGAUCGGCUGUUGACGGUCCUGCGUGAUGCUGAGCUUGACUAUGAUUCAGUGGAUUCGGAGCUGCAGGAGGUGCUUGAGUCUCGCAUUGCUGCGGAGGAGGAAGCUGCUUCCCUUCUGGAGCAAUUUGCAAAGGAUGCCACUGAACAUGCUAAUUCAGAGAGCAAGCAAGCAGAAGAACUAUCCACAAAAGAAAUAGAAGGGUGGCAAACAUCAAUGGAGUUACUAGAAACAAAGAAGUUAGAAAUGGAGGUUGAAACACAGUUGGUUUUAGAAGCACGUUCUGGGUUGGAAGGAUCGAUAGAGCAUUUGGUUGAAGAAGACAAACUAGAGAAAGAUAUUCUUAGUAAAAAAGGAGAAAUCCUAACCAAAGAGUUAGCUGAGCUUUUAGAGUUUGUGAGGUUGAAAGAAGCAGAGAUAGCUGAAAACAACGCCCGGAUCCAUCAAGUUCAAGAAAGAAUCAGUGCAGUGGUCUCCAAAUUUCAUGGCUCUCAGUCAGAUAUUGACUUGAAACUCAAUUCCUUGAAGGAAGCUCAAAGUAAAGUGGAUCUAGAGACUGAAGCACUUGUGUUGAAAAAGAACGAAAUUGAUAAGUUCAUUUCUUUAUCAGAACAAAAAGAUUCAGAGUUGAGGGAAAUUAUUGGUGCUUGUUCCUCUGAAGCAAAAACUUGCCAACAGUCAGUUGAAAUAAGAAGAAAACUUGCAUCAUCGAUUUUGAAGUCAAGAGAGGAUAGAAUUGGGUUGCUAAAAAUGGAGGAGGAAAUUUUGCAAGAGAUUCAAAUGCUUAGGCAAAAAAUUACAGAUGCAAGAACUACUCUUCAGGAGGUAUCUUCAAGGAGAACAAGCAUACAACAAGAAAUGGAUUCAUUUAAGCAGAAGUUGAGCUUCAUUGACAAAAGGGGCCCUGAACUAGAGGCUGAAAAGAAAGUUGCAGCUGCUGCAAGAAACUUUAAGGAAGCAGGAAGGAUAGCUGCAGAGGCAAAAGCUCUUAAUUCCGAAAAGGACGAACUGCAUUGUAAGUUGGAGAAAGCUUCUACUGAUUUGGAGAUAAUAGAAAAGGAUAUUGUAGCAACUACAGACAAGAUACAGGAAUGCGAAGGGCUUAUUGUACUCAAAGAAAAAGACUCAGCAUUGACAAGUUACAAAAGACUCCGGUUAGAUUGUGCUGCUGCUAGAGCAGAAUUGACUGCUGCAACUGAAACAGAUGAUAAUGAAGAAGUUGAGAUCCUACGUAAAGAAGCUGAAGCUGCAGAGUCUAAAGCAAUUGAACUCAAAACAUGCUAUGAUCUCCAGGUGGAGGAUGAUGAGUUCAUGUUUCAGCCUGUAGUCCCUAUAGCAUUCAUAACAAAUUCAACAGGGCAGCACUUGUCAGAAAUUGCUUCUUCAUUCGGCCUAUCUCCUCAGAAGUGAAAUUGGACAGUGGAUUUGCACACUACGAGGUCUGCCUGUUGCACUGUGAUCCAAGUCCUACCUGUUCCUGCACAUAUUGAAGGGAAGAUCUGUGCUAGUGUGAAACUCUCUCCUUCCAGGAUACCCUCCUCAACGGCCCUUCUUUAACUCCAGCAUUUGGAAUCUACUCCGAACUAGAGUAGGGAUCCUAGGGAAGAUCAACUGUACAACAUACAUUUUGCAUGCUCCGUAGGAAUUUAGUUUCCCUAUGCAUUUUUUGUGUACAUUAAGACUGUAAUUCUUUUGAUACGCCAGUUUUGAUUGAAUUGCAAUGACAUGCCAUCAUCAACCAGUAUGUAAUCAGAUUUUUGUUUCAAGAAAAAAAGAUGUAAUCAGAACAAAAUGUCCAGGAAUGAAACUUCUUGUGCAUUGCCU